GAGCUGCCCACAUACAUACUCGCCACACAUACUGAACACACAGAUCAGCGAAUUAAGCUACCAUAGGCAGGCCUCAGGUACGUACGUAGCAAUGGCCAGGCCGGAGUCGUGCCUGGGAGCGGCCGCCAUCGUGCUGGUGAUGCUGUGCGCCGUCAUGUCCUCUGCAGCCGCACAGCCGCGCCGCCCGCUGCCGCCGAACUCUCAGGUGAUCCACCCUGGACGAUUCGGCAAGAGGGCGCAGGUUGUCACCUGUGACAACAAGAAGGACAAGAAAAAACCCUGCAUCGCCACCUGCGACAAGCGCUGUCCCAACGAGUGCCUCGUCCUCUGCUCCAGCUGCAAGACAUACUGCUUGUGUGACUUCUAUCCUGGGAUGUCCUGCGGUGACCCCCGCUUCACCGGCGCCGAUGGCAACAACUUCUACUUCCAUGGCAAGAAGGACCAGGACUUCUGCGUGGUGUCUGACGCCGACCUCCAUAUCAACGCCCACUUCAUCGGUAAACGCAACCCAUCCAUGAGUCGCGAUUUCACAUGGAUCCAAGCCUUGGGCAUCCGCUUCGCGGACCAUCGCCUCUACUUGGGUGCCCAGAAGACCUCCAAGUGGAACAAUGACAUUGAUCGUCUCGAGUUGGCCUUCAACGGAGCAACGAUCGACAUCUCUACCGACAUUGGCGCACAUUGGCAAUCCACCGCCAUGCCUGGCUUGACCGUCACAAGGACUUCCAUGACCAAUGGCGUGAGAGUCGAGCUUAAGGGUGUGUUCGAUAUCAUGACUAAAGUGGUGCCCAUCACGGAGGAGGACUCCCGCGCCCACAACUAUGGUGUGACAGAGGAUGACAGUCUUGCACAUUUGGACAUUGGGUUCAAGUUUUAUGACCUCACAGACGAUGUUCAUGGAGUUCUGGGCCAAACCUACCGCUCUGACUACGUCAACAAGCUCAACGUGAGUUCUAGCAUGCCGGUGAUGGGUGGUGUAGCAAGAUAUGUCUCGUCUGACAUCUUCGCCACCGACUGCAAGGUCUCUAGGUUCGGCCAUAAUGGUGCCAUCUCCAUGGUCACAACCAAAGCCAAUUAAACCAUUGCUCCACACAACAUCGGUUAAUGUAAUCAGCCUUACUCAUUGGCCAGAAAUAAUAUGUGGGAGUUGUAACGUUUAACACUAUUUUGAAUAAUAAAUUACUGGCCUUCGGAGAAAAAUGCAAUUGAGCAAACUAUAAUGGACCUA